AUGCGUUUCGCUGUUGCUACCGUUGCCCUUUUCGCCGGCCUGGUUGCCGCCCUCCCCAACGGCGCUGAGUCCACCGUCUACCAGACCGAGGAGGUUACCAUCACCUCUUGCGCUCCUACCGUCACUGACUGCCCUGCUCGUUCCACCGCGACUGGCGUCGGUGCUACCGGCAGCGCUGUCACCACCGCCGUUGUCACCCCCUCCGUUCCCGCUGGCGGUGUCUCCCCCGUUGGCAGCUCCUCCUGGUCCAGCGCCCCGGCUCCCGUUCCCACCUCGGUUGCCCCUGUCCCCGCUGGUCCCUCCGUGACUGUCGUCCCCGUUGUCCACACCACCUGCGCUGCUGUGACCUCCUGGUCGACCAUCGCUGUCCCCACCGCCUCCUCCCCCGUUGGCGGCUCCAGCGGUGCCCCCCACGCCUCCUCCAGCGGCGUUGCUGCUGCCAGCUCCACCACCGCCAAGCCCUCCUCCACCCCCGCCUUCAACGGUGCUGGUGCUCUGUCUGGCUCCCUCGGCUUCGCCGGUGCCGCUGCCGCCGCUGCCUUCUUCCUGGCAUAA